CUCCUACGUACUCGUGCUGCUCCAAGCUACAGGUACCAUACAUGCAAUCGUAAUAAUAAGAAUUCGUCUUCAUGGCCUCUGCCUGACAAACCACACUGACCUACCUCAUUGGGACUCGUCUCACUCAUCCAACGCCGCCCCUCCGGAUCGCAGCGCCCACAUGCAGCAGCCUGCUAGUACCUCACUUGCAGAGCGUUGUCUUCGAUUCUCGCUAUAGCCGACAGCACGGUAGCUCGAGUGGAACGGUACACUACCACUAUUACUACUAGGAGGUACUAUAGUCGGCGCACCGCUGUUCCCACUCGUCGCCCAGUAUGCCGGGAAUUCUCCCAAUGAAGGUCAUCAAGGUGGGCCUGAAUGCUCAGUCCAGGAUUGCACAGGCUUGCGACAGAUGUCGAAGCAAGAAGAUACGCUGCGAUGGCAUCCGCCCAUGCUGCUCCCAGUGCGCCAACGUGGGCUUCGAGUGCAAGACCAGUGACAAGCUGAGUCGGAGGGCCUUUCCCCGCGGUUACACAGAGUCGCUCGAGGAGCGGGUACGCAGUCUUGAACAGGAAGUGAGAGAGCUCAAGGAUCUGCUGGACGAGAAGGAUGAGAAGAUUGAUAUGCUAUCGCGCCUACACUCGCAGUCGCCGCAACAACUGCAUCUUCCCUCUCCGCGAAGGUCGUCGACGGCGUCGGUCGAGAAUACGGCCAUGGCGAAGCCCGACUCCCCCUCUCCAGAUGACUUGUUCCAAGUACAGCAAUCUCCUUAUCUGCUAGAUGACCAGAAAUCGGACUCGUACUUUGCGGGUACAUCGAGUGGAAGGACCUUCAUUGAAUCGUUCAAAAGCCGCGUGCAGGAAACCGGUCGCUCCACCCAGGACAUUGAUGUGACGAGGUUGCUUGCCAGCAGCACGCCAAAAGACCGGGAUGCCACCACGCCCGCAACAGCAGUCACUUUCAAGGCUCCUGCGCGCAUGGUGUCCGAUCAGAUGAUCAACAUCUUCUUCCAAGAAUGGGCUCCUCUAUUCCCGAUUCUACAUCGACCUACAUUCUUGACUCUGUACCAAAGAUAUGUGGCCGAUCCAGACGAGAUGACUGACAAGGCAGAAAUCGCACAGCUGAAUCUCGUAUUCGGCAUCGCUGCUCUCUCCACUGGUGCCAGGUCAUCAUCAGACCUGGGUAGUUUCGAAGCGCAGUGGAAGGCGGCCCUCGAUGCGACCAUACAAGACAACACGAUGGCGACGCUACAGGCACUGGUCUUGGCGCAACUCUUCUGUGUGCAGCAGGGCGAUUUCACUCGACUGCUCACCUAUAAGGGACUAUCAACGACACUGUGCACCAGGCUUGGACUACAUCAAUCGCAAAAGCGUUUCGCCUUGGACACUUUGACUUGCGAGACGAGGAAGAGGGUCUUUUGGACGCUGUACAGCGUUGACAGUUUCACGGCAGUCCUGCUUGGUCUGCCCAAACAGCUCAAGGACGAGGAUGUUCACUGCGAGAUGCCAGUCGAUGCAGACGACGAGUACGUGACCGAGCAGGGCUUCCAGCCAACCUUACCGGGCGCGUCUACCAAGGUGUCGAGCGCGCUUGCCCUCUUCGGUGCUGCACGCAUUCUCUCCAAGGUCCUUGAAGAAGUAUUUCCCGCCAAGACUUCGUACCAACUGUCGCUGAAGAAGCUUGCUGAACUUUCCGAUGAGCUCGAGAACUGGAGCACAAGUCUGCCAGCGCAUCUUCGCCUUCAGUUUGCACAAGAUAAACCUAGCACGGGGACGAUCAACAGCCGCUCGCCUCUACUGUCUCUAACCUACCACUACAUCCGGUCCUUGAUCCAAAGGCCUGUCAUCUGUGCCGCACUGGGAACAAGAUCACAGUCGUCCAUGAUCACUAUGGCGAGCUCGUGCAAGCACAUGGUGCAGAUCGUGCAGUUACUUGACGAGAGAGGCCUCAGCUUCUCUUUCUGCCUCAAUCGUGACGAGCUCCUGGUGAUCUCUGGCUUCGGUCUCCUGUUCCAGGGACUUGGGCUAGAAGCAAGCUCCAAAAUCCUCAGAGAUAACAGCAAAAUGUUGGCUGCUGUGAUCAGCGCGCUGAAGAAGACAUCAGCACCAUGUGCCACGGAGUUCGAGCGUUUGGCCCACUCUUUUGUGCCACGCCUUCCCGUGGCAGAAUCGACUGCACCCAGGACGAAAUAUCCACCACUGUCAAGGCACAACUCUGACGGCCAGCUCUCUUCUGACAGCGCCAAUUCUACUAGAAAGCAGCUAAAGGCUAUCGCAUCGCGCUUCACCUUGCACGGAAGUGGAAGGUUGCCUAAGCCUGAUGCUGGUGAUGGACGGCGAGCAACGGUCCACCAAAUUGAUCUACACCCAUAUAGUCAACAGACCCAAAGCACUCCAGCGCUGCAGCCACAAUCGUGUUACAGCCCACCCUCGGUCUCGCGAUCAGAACCUGCCCGGAGCCCUGUCAACAUGUAUCCACGACUUCAAGUCACCGCGGAUUCCCACAGAACAACCACCCCGUCAUCAACGCUACCACCACUGAAGCCCAAGUCCAAAACUGUACCAAAGAAACUCCCCAACCUCGACUAUCUUUCAUUCGGCAACGACUCUGAGCCCUCAAGCUCACCACCAAGCGCUCGCAACACCCAACCGAUCAAGUCCGAACCCGCACCCACCGACUGGGAAAAACUUCUUGGAUCCCUCGACAACGGCGAAACCAACAUCUACGACGCCUGCUACGGCGGACCGCCCAUUGACGCAUUGAUUGACACCGCCUCGCCCAUCAAUCUAGCAACGGUAGGAGGCGGCGGUGGCAACGACACACCUAUCGCGUGGACCCAAGAUCUAUGGGCGUUGUGUCAAACAGAAACCAACCCUACGGGUAGCAGUAGCAGUAGUAGUGGGACGAGUCACAAGAGUAGUGGUGGUAGUAGUAAUAACAAUCCCGGUUGGACCCCCUCCUUGAAUCCCGCACCGAGCGUAUUGUCAUUUUCGAGUGCGGAUGAUGUAUUGAGCGGGAGCGAGGAUUUGGGUAACAUCGAGGAUUGGGGGGCGAAUAAUCGCGAUACUACAACGACGACCACGACGAAUACCCAGACGACGCAGACUCCGUUGGAAAAGUUUAGAGGGUUUGUUGUACCUGCUGAUGGGGAUGGCUUAAGUGGCUUUGGGGGCGGGGAGUGGAUCACGUUGUAGGGCGAGGACGAAGAGGAUGAAGAGGAGGGGGAGGAGGAACUGGAAAAAAGAGUGCGAAUGUGUUCACGCCAAAAUUUACACCAUGGAUGAGCCUUAUGAGUGACAGGGAAUUGUUUUUUGAGCCAGGCGAACAUGAGUUUGCUUGUUAUUUGGGGGGUUUAUGGGGGUAUUUGGGAAUCUGGGAAUCUGGAAAGUGGCGCAAGUGCCGAGUCCAAGCUGUGUUCUGGUGUUCUUUGGCUCUUUUGGGAAAUGAUACCAUCUGAGGGCUACUAUUUUAUGAGAUAUGCUAUCGCUCACUUUUGAGAAAGGAAAUUGGUUCAGGC